GGUUACAAAUACUUAGGUCCGGGAAAUAAAUUAAAUAAGGGUGUUCCGAUUAAUGAAGUUGAUUUAAUAGCGCAAAUACACGACAUAGAUUACGCAUUAGCAAAAUGCGGUAAAGAUAUUAGGGAGGCAGAUUUGGAAGCAAUUCGACAAUUUCAUAAAAUUGAAAAUCCAUUUGAUUUUGGAAGAAUAUUGGGAAAAUUUGGAUUGAUUGCAAAAUAUGGAAUUGAAUCAAUUACUGGUGUUUUAUAUGGAGGAGGAAAUAUGAAUAAACAGCGUGGCAAAAAGAGAAAUUUGGGACAGUUGUUAUAUGGUGAAAGACAAAGACAAGUUCAUCGAAAAUUUAAUGAAUUAAAAUCGACUGGAAAGUAUAAAUCUUUACAAGAAUUUUAUAAAAGUGAAGAAUAUAAAGAAAUAAUAAAAGAUUAUAGUACCGGUGGUUCGGCUUAUAAACGAAUAAAAACUUAUAUACUUGAUGAUAUACCAUCUGGAUCAAAAAAUCCGCCAACAGAAGAACCAACAACAGAUUUACCAAGUACCGACCCCGGAUCCGGAUCCCACGACCCCAGAUCCAGUACGCCCGUUGAUUUUGAAGAUAGAGACGACGAUUUCGAUUGGGAUAAUUUCCUUGAUAAUAUUGGUAAUAGUCUUAAUAGCGCUGAUUUGGCCGAUUUGCCUGAAGCAUCGAGUAUGGAUAUAUCACAAGCUGGUAGUGGGAGAGGACCGAAUACGGGCGCUCGUGGGGAGGCUACGGCACCGUCGUUGGGGGCAUCGUCAAGCGGAAAUGGAGGAAAUAAUUCCUCUCCAUGGUUAUCACGAUCAGUUCCUAAACGUGUCUCUAACUUAGAAUUUAAAAAAUCUCGCAUAAUGUAUAGUUAUGGUUUGGCAACAGAGCGAUUGGAAAAUACAGAAAAAACCAUUGAUAUAUUUUCAACAUCUAUGGCUUUAAUUCCGGUUGAUUUUUUACCUUUUUAUAUUAGUCAAGCAGAAUUUGCUAAUUUACCAUUUGCAUCAAAAAUCGAAUCGGUAUGGUGUAAAGUAUAUCCAUUAGGAACACGUACAGCAUUUGAUACUGGUACAACUUUGUCCGGUACAGCUACUUCGGAAUAUGUACCGAUUGGUAUGACCGGUAUUGGUUUAAAUUUGGAUUUCUAUGGACAGAAUGUUGAAUUAUCUGGAGAGAGUACAAAACCAAUGAUACCAACGUCGAUUAAACAAAUGUCUGCAUCGAAAAUUGUUCGAAAAUUUUAUGAAGAUGAUGCAUGUUGCGCAAUGGGAGUUCCUCGAUCAAUUUCUGAAUAUUUUACAAUUCACAGAAAUAAAGAUGCAAAUCCUGAUCCUGAAAAAUAUCCGCAAUAUCAAGUUAAUACACAUGGCGUUGUUAAUUUUGAUAAUAAAAUUAACAAAUUUUUGGUAAAUGGACUAAUCAAUCAACCGGUAAUCGAUUAUAAAUAUGAUGUAAAGAAUGGUUAUGUUAUGAACGCAAAAUAUCAUAUAAUUCCCCAUAAUCGCAGAUCUGAUGUUUAUUGUACGCAUCAUACGCGAGGAUCCAAAAAUAAAUUGGAAUUCUAUCAUUUAGGUGAUGGUCCCGCUAAAGGUCAAGUUGGAUUUAAAGGAAAACGUGGCGAAGUCUCACCAUUAAAUAAUAUGAUUGCAAACGCCUAUUUAAGACAAUUGGAAAUUUACGGUUGUUUUAAUAUAUAUACAGGAACUACACCUUAUUAUGCGCAACCUCAAGUUCAUGUGGGACUGUGUGCUACUCCGCAAUUGAAUCCAUCGAAUGAAGAUAAAAUUUUUUUAAAUUCAUGUUGUUAUUGGAAAGUCGAUUGCGGCAUAACAAUUUCAACUAAUUCGCAUUCUGCUAUGACGAAAGGCGAACAAAUUAGCUGGCCAAGAGAGGUUCUAUUCAAGGAAACUUCCGAUUAUAAAUAUACAGAUGGUAAAACUCUAUUUGGAAGCAGUGUUUUACCAACUGGUAAUAUAACUAAUAUGCAAGAUAACAUUGAAUAA